AUGGCGGGCGCGGCCGUGCUGCGCGUGCGGCGGAAGCGCGGCGGCCCCGAGCCGGCCGAGGCGCUGCUCCUGGCCUGCAAGCGGCGCCGGGCCGAGCCCGUGGAGACCAACCUCUUCAAGCUGGUGGUGACCGUGUCCUCCAAGCACGAACCAGUUCAGAAGUACGUUAAAGAUGCCAUCACGCGAGACAAGGCAACUCAGAGCCUGCGCCCCUCUUUGGGAAGCAGCCAGCGAAUCCUCCGGGAGCUGCGUUGUGCCAAGCAGGCGGAAAGGAAGGAGAAGCGGUACCGGGUGAUAUCCAGCCACCGGCCCGACUGCUCCGACGCAGCUGCACCUGCCACGCACGGCCGGGCUGCGCCCCACAGGGACAGCUCCGAGUCUGAAGCACCGCAAGAUGCUUCCCCAGAGGAGAGUGCUGCUGUCCAUAGCACUUCAGACUGCUGUGGGAAAUUCCAGCUGUUUGAUAUUGUACAAGAAGAGGAGAUGGUGGGAGAUUCCAGUGUAACCACUGCAAACCCACAGAAGACUGAUCCAGAUGCAAUUCUCUGCAAUGCAGUAGAGAUGAUCCGUGAGCGUUUAAAUGUUUCUGAAGAUGGUAAAAAAGAACAGGGUCACAAAGAAGAUGAGUAUGUUUAUGACAUCUACUAUAAGGAAACAUCAGCCCCUGAUUGGAUUGAAAAUAUCCUUUCUGUACAGCCCUAUAGAGAAGAAUAUGAAUGGGUAAAUGAUGAUCCUGGUCCAGAGGAAGUAUAUGAAGAUGAAGAUGAUGAAAAUGAUGAAAAUAACUGGCGUAAUGAUUAUCCUGAAGAAGAUGAAUUCUUACCUGAGGAAGAUGGAGAAAAAGACUCUGAAGAGAGCUUCAGUGAUGAGGACCAAUGCUACAGGAGAAGAACAUGGGACAAAUAUCGAGAGGAGGUUUUGCAGGAAUUUGGAUAUGAUGAGACCGAAGAUUUGGGUUCUGACUAACAGCCUGGUUUUGGAAAGUGAACAUUUGCUGCUGUAGGAGAAUGUACUAUCUGAGCAGCCAGCUUCAGCUGGUGGCUAUUAAACAGAUGGGUGUGACUAUGGCCACUUGACAACACAAAUUUUUUUCCAAGCAUAAGAUGCUCUAUGCUUUAAAAUAGAAUUUUCUGCCCAUGGCAUAUGUUGAGGUUUUGAAGGGACCUUUUAUUUAUUUUUGUUUUCCCAAAGCUGCAUGCCCAAGAGUUUGUACGUGUAGCAAAUGUACAGACAUGGAGGUAUUGUUGGCAGCAGCCCUUCCUGAUCAUGACUAAUACAUCAGGUUUCACAAGAAGAUCGAUGUGUCUGCCCUGAUGGCAAGUGGAAGUUCUGGAAGGCACCCUAUCCUACUGCUUUCUACUUCAUUUGUACCUAAGUGUCAAGUGACUUUCUUCACAAGUGUUUGAGCAUAUGAAAUGCCUUGAACUGUCCAUUACUCUCCUCAGGAGUUUUACUGUUGGAGUAGAACAAUGUGCAUUUAAAUAAUAAAUAAAUUUUUUUUGACCA